GCUGACCCGGCUUUCUCUUCGUUUGUGUUUCUUUUGUUUUAACUACCAUCUUCUGUUUUAUUCCCCGACAACUUUCUCUACCUGUGUCAGCUGAGGCGACCGUCGGGGGUAAAUCGGUCAGCCGACCUUCGCUUGUCACUCAUUCAUUCAUUCAUUCGCUUUCUCCUGACGGCCGGUCGCUUCUCUCUCUCCCCGCAGUUGCCCGCAAUUCCAGUAAGCGACCAAUCUAUACUGACCACUUUGUCUUCACUUUUUGCACCUUAACGCAUGAAUCAUAGAAACUUACGGCUCAAACCCCUACCCUGCCCCUGGUUAACAGAUGUCGGGUCCUCCGCAACCCGAAUGGCGUCGGCCUGCGACGGCGCAACAGCGCCCUCAAGCGUCGCAACCCCCGCCUCCUCCUCUUCCUCCCUAUAAUCCAAAUACAUACGGUCUUAUGUCUACUCAAUCUCCCGUAUCCGGAACAGGGACAAAUAUGUCGCCAUCUACGGGUGUGGACACAUCCUCAUGGGGGGUGCGAUUCAAUAGGCAGCAACAUAUUCAAACCCCUCCUCCGUUGCCUCCUCGACCUUCCAGCACUCCUGGACAUCCCCCCAGUCCCCAACCUCCUACAGCGACUCCUGUAGAUUCCAGCAAGCCUACACAGUAUGGAGCCCAGGCUUCUGCACCAGGGCAUCAUCAGCCUUGGCCGACAAGCACACCAUAUACACACCAGCAGCCUGCGGGCUCACUUUCGGCACCAUCACCACCGCCUCUUCCACCGGCCUAUCAGACUGCUGUAUCGCAGCCAAGCAGUCAACCGCCGCAGUCUUCGAACCCGUUGUAUACAGCGUCCCCUUACAGUCCGCCGGCUGGCCCAGCCUUUCAGCAGCCCAACAUCUAUUCCCUCUCGGAACGUCCAAUACCACAGACUUUCCAAUCUGAACAGACACCGGCGUUCGUGGGAAGCCCGGCAAUGCAUUCAGCGCCGCCGAUGACUGCUCCACCUGUUCCUCCCAAAACCAGUGCCAACAUCAUCCCGGCGGGGCCGGCCUCAUUUGGUGCCUUCACUCCUUCAGACUGGGAGCACCUGUCUCCUCAACCGGGAAACGUCGAUGACGAAGGUGUCUUCGGGUCUAAACAGAACACUGUCGCGCAUGCGCCAACCACCUCGAACUACCCACCGAGCUAUGCAAAUGCGGCUGUACCCAACCCAGCUUCGCAAUCCACAGCUCCGACGCCCCCUUCGGGUGUCUCACCCACUAUUCAGCCUACGUACUCUCAGGACACAACGGGGAUGCAGGACCAAUUCAGAGUCUCGCCUGUUAGCCCAGGAGCUGGCCAGGACACCAUACAUGACCCGGCUCCACCCCCGCCGCUGCCGCCGCCACCACCACCACCCAUCAGAGUGAAGACGGAUGACUCUCUAUACAGUUCAGUAUCCGACACAGAGGCUUCGGAAAGUAUCGAUGGUGUCAUCGAGGCGUGGAAGCAGCCUCUACCCAUUGAGACUACAUCGCCAAAUGCCCAAAUCGAUUCGCACACCUCUGGUGGACCUUCAACUCCAUUGCGACAGCUUACUCCUCUCGACAUUCCUCAGUCGAAACAAGAAGCUUUCAUACCUCGAGAGGCCACUCCAGCUCACUUCGAGAACACACCGAGCGGGAGGGAUGUUAUGCCACAACCAUCGUCGCCGAACCCUAAGCAAAUAGACCCAUAUGAGGACUUAGACCCCUGGUCCAAGUCUUCGCUGGAUCGUUAUGUGGCUAUGCUACGCAAGGAAGCAGUGGCCGACUCAGACACUGAACGGUUCAAGAUAUUCACGGCUUUCAUGGCCAAAGAGACGAAACUGCGCGAAAUUUUGUACAAUGUUGAUUCCACAGAAGAUACCGCUCAAACACCAACGCCAGCCACACAGCCUCCGAUUCAAAAGCUUUCUCCUGUCAUAGACCCAAUGGACUCGGGCCUUAUACCAGUAGAGACAGAGGAGGUUGAGGAUUCUUCGUCUGAUACUCCAGAAGAGCCCGAGGAUGGAAAGUAUAGUCCAGGAGGGCGUCCGAUUCUUCCCCGUCUUCAUACGCCGAAAAUUACAAGUGUGCGCCGGUCAGCUUCUAACCCGGGCGGCCCCAAAUAUGGUCCAGAACGUCUGGUGCAGGGUCAGUUCUCGAGAUCGACGUCUGUGCCACCUACGAAUGAUUCAAUACAUAAACAGGAGCACUCGCCUUUGGCUACCAAACCCCCACAGCCAAUCUAUACUCCAUUUAGUUAUACCGAAGGUCCACAGAGAGGCUCUGAUCAACUGUCAUUUCAUCUUCCAGCAUACCAAGCAUACUCUGCCUUGCGACAGGCAUCUGCUACCAGCGGUAGAAUAAUGUCGAAUGCACCAAACCCGCCCUCCGGGGAUACCGCCAGCCCCACCGUGCCAUCCUCGGCGACACAGAAUCAGGACGACGAAACUUUCAUCGGCCUCAUCAGAGAGAAGAGCGUUGCCUACCGAAAACACGCGCGGAAAACCUCUUCCCCACCACCAUUGCCAUUGUCCCUCAGACAGGGGAGACCGGCAGGUGUAAUUGACGAUCUGCGUUCCAUAAUUUCGUCGCCCUUGGCGAAACAGUCAGAAAGCCCGUGGCACAAGACCACUAGGGAAGGCUUGAGGUCUUACUCGAACGACUUCAAAUUCAUCAUGGAGACAAUGAAAUCUUGGGAAAUUGCGAGCCAAUCUCGCAAGGAGGCCCUAGACAAAGAGCGUUUACAUCGCCAAGAGGAGUCAGAGAAACACAUCGACGCGUUGUUCAAUGACAAGGAAAUCGGGUAUGCCGAUAUCAACGUCCUGGAGGAAGAAUUUCGCCAGACAGAGGCUCGAGUCCAAUUGGAGGAAGAACGUCGGGAAUUCGAAGAUUUCGAGACCAAGGUCUUCAAGAAGCUGGAUGAGCGCCUGAACGAUGAGCUUUCCGCGCUUCGGACUCAAUACGAGUCGGCGCUUGGCCAACUUGACCAUGAAAAUAGCAGGAUCAAGGAUUCGGUCACUGACAAAUACAAUCUUUCCCACACCAUGAAGGUCGUGAACGAGAUUUACCAAAAGCUCGAGGUCCGCUACCAGAAGCGUCUUGAAAUUGCCUUGGAUCUUGAGCGCCGACGCAAGAAGACCGAAAGACGGCCGCUGGUCUUCAUGGGUGAUUCCGCGGCUCUCAAGCGCCUGGACAGUGACUUUGAUGAAAUGGAAAGGCGGAAUGUGCUCGAGGCGGCCAAAGACCGUGAUGAGAGGGCCAAUCGACUGAUGGAUUCCUUUGAUGACGCAAUUAUGCACGGGCUGGGCGAAAACCAAAGCCUCCUGGAUGAGCUAUCUGCUAAGUUGUCGAAAGUUGAUGCCACAGUCAUUAGUGCCUCUGGAUUGGCAGAUUCCGAGAUCGAGCAGAUGUUGAACUCAGUCUACAAUAUGGUGGAAUCACUCCGGGAAGAUUCUGAGUCGAUUCUCCAUAGCUUCGGCAUCGUAGACUCGGCUCUCAAUAACGCAGACUACCAAGUUUCGGUCGCAGAGGCCCGCUACUCCAAUGCCGACGUUGACAUUUUCCGCCAGUUGGAGAACGAGAAGAAGAAAGAAGACGCCAAAAUCCAGAGCGAACUUCAAACCAAAUUGGAGAGCGUUCGUGCUGGUCCGGCUAAGAUCACCACUACCAUCAACGAUCUCCUGAAAAUCAUAGACAAAGACCCCAUUGCAGGGCAGUCCAGCUCGUCGGGAACCGCCACGCCCAGUCAUCCUGCUGAAUCGCUCAUGCCUGGUCCCCCGCCCUCCGCAGUUGCUCCUCGGAAAUCGGGCGAAGAUACGGCGCAUCAGGAACGGCUCCGAAAAGCAUUGGAGGAUGCGAAAAAGAGAAACGCCGCCCGACAUAACCCUUAAUCCCAAACCCCUCGAGUGAAGACACUCCUUUACUUCUUUCGCGGUAUCAAUCAUUAUUAAUAUUCCUUAAUUAAUUACAUCCUUUAUUGUUGUCUCAUUCCGGUCUCUGCUUUUAGUUUGCACUUCAUAUCACUGUUUCUUAGCUAUCGACUUCCAGUGGCUCUACUCACGACUUGACGAUUCUCCUUAACAAUACCCUCUUUCUAUGCUCCCCCUGUUUCUACUUAUGUACCUCAUUCUAAUGGGCUCUAGUAUAUGAAUUUAUGUCCCCAAGCGACGGAGGUUGAAUCAUAACAUGCCAAACUCAUAUCCUGCCACCUUUCAUGUAUACCUUUAGCAAGCAGUGCAUCUUAUUCCAACACAUAUGUUCUCCAUUUUCUUCUGAUUACCUACAUCCAGUAUCAUGGUAAAAUAUGCAGAUCGCAUCAUGGCCAGGGAAAAAAAUCCCUC